AUGCUCCCGGAGGCCAGGGCUGCUCCCGGAGGCCAGGGACGCUCCCGGAAGCCAGGGACGCUCCCGGAGGCCAGGGACGCCGGGAGACUAGGGACGCUCCCGGAGACUAGGGCCGCUCCUGGAGGCCAGGGACGCUCCCGGAGACUAGGGACGCUUCCAGAGGCCAGGGCCGCUCCUGGAGGCCAGGGCCGCUCCCGGAGGCCAGGGACACUCCCGGAGACCAGGGACGCUCCCGGAGGCCAGGGCCGCUCCCGGAGGCCAGGGCCGCUCCCGGAGGCCAGGGACACUCCCCGGAACUGGGCCUUCCAGGGCCCCGGCCGCCCUCAGGCAGGGGCCCUCCCAGGGGGCGCCCCGGAGGGGGAGAUGGGCAGGGCAGUCAGGGAGACGCGCCGGACCCGCCUCCCCCUCCCUCAGCCACCGGAAGGAAGCCGGGCCGCUCGGGCGGAACGUGGGGCUCUGGCGCCACCUCCUGGGUUUGCCGGGAAACGGGCCUCGGCGCGGGGCGUUCCCCGGCUUCAGGCGCCGGCGCUCUCGCACCCUGACCUCUGCUCCCCGGAAAAUGGAGUCACUGAGUGGGUGGCCCUGGGGCCGCCCGUGACCCUUGCGGGGUCUACGCCCAAAGGGGUCAGGACAGAGGGCGGGGCGGGGGCGGGGCGUGGGAGGUCCCGGCCGUCCCCCCCCCCCCCCCCCCCCCCCACCAGAGAGGCCAGAACGCCGGCCCUGCGGAGGGCCUGGUGCCCAGCGCGCCCAUCGGGCGCCCCCCACUGGGAACUCCCCCGCCCCUGGGGUAUUUUCUUUAUCCCACAGACUCGCCCUCUCCCCCGGAGCCUCUGGGCCCCCCUUCCCCGGCCCCCGGGGCUCCCGCCCCUCCUCUCCGGGCCCCCAGGGGGCGCAGAACUCCCGCCCCCCCCCCUCCCUCGGUCCCGCCUCCGCGCUCCCGCUCGGACCCCCGGCCUCCGCCCAGGGCGGCGCAGGGUGCCAGUGUCCCCUCGGGUCCGAGAACCGUCUCUGGGACGCCCCUCCCGUUCCCGGGGCGGGGCCCCCGCGGCGCGGCUCCAGCGCGACACUGCCGGGCUCAGAACGGCCGGCGGGAGCCCGAUCCGGCGGCGCGGCCCCGGUGGCAGCAGCGGCGUCCCGGGCACUGCGGGGGUUCCCCCGGGCGCUGCCAGCAGCGGGCUAAAGCAGGAGUCUACAGCUACCUAUAGGCCGGGCCGAGAACGGGCCCCCGGGUCUCUCAGAAGCGCCCCGGGCGGGAACGGGCGGUGCUGUGCGUCAGAGCCCGACUCCGGCCUCCGGACGGCGCCGCGGGGGCCCGGCCCGGCCUGGACCUGCAGUCAGAAACACUGGGGACCCGGCCCGGCCCGGCGCCCCGCGCUCUGCGCCGCGUGCGGACAGAGGCGUGAGAAGCGUCCCAGCGCUUCCUCUCUGCUUUCCCUGAGCCGCGGGGGCCCGGCCCGGCCUGGAUGUGCCCGGCGCCCCGCGCGGACAGAGGCGUGAGAAGAGUCCCAGCGCUUCCUCUCUGCUUUCCCUGAGCCGCGGGGCAACGCCUCCUGACCCCGGGCCGGCGCUCCGUGCCCUGCGCCCCCUGGUGGCCGCCUCUACGUGCCCUACCGCCCUUCCUGCAGCUGCCUCAGAGCCUCGUGCCGCCCCCGCCCGGUGUACUGACAGGGGCCUCCCUUAGCGCUGCUCCUCCUCGGGCACAGGGCGUGGUCAGACCCCGCCCCGCGUCGCGGCCCCUCCCCCCGCAGCCUCCCCAGCAGGCGCCCUGGCGGUUUAAGGGGCACCCCGGACGCGGUGUCCGGUGUCUGGGAGCGACGGGAGUGGCGGCCCGAGACCCGGCUGCGCCGGUCGCCGACGGGGCCAGAGCCUUGUGGCGUCACCGCGUUAUCAGGUCCCCGUUUGCCGCGGCUCCUGUUCUUUAUCCGUAAUUUGGGGCAGAAAUACUAAAAAAGAGUUACUAACAGGAAGUUCUUAAGUACCAGAUAAAUUUAAACUGGAAACUAGAAAUCAUCUUCCUCCUUUUCACCGAAACAAGCCUGUCAAUCUCCAGACAACAAAGCUAUCAUGUGAGUACAAGAGAAGCCUAAAUGCUCUUUCCCUGUAGCUUUUUUUUUUUUUUUAAAUCCUAUGGGGUGACCCACCUUCAGUCCCCCCGGUCCUUUCUGGCUGCAGAUGGCUCUCUCCAUCACAAGGGCUAUUUGUAUCUCUAAGUCUUACUGAUAAAUUCCAGGGUGGUACCCCAAAACCAAGAUAUUUCUGCCUUUGUUAAGCUUCUGCUAAGUGCCUUUUCAGAGAACCAAAAGGGGCGACUUUCUCAAAUCUGCUUCUCUCAAAGGAAUUGAUCUUUCUCAGAUCCUUUCACAAUUCCAAAUCUUCCCUCCAGAAGUGCAGAUCUUGAUCUUCAAACCCUCAAAGUCCACUAAGAUUUUUUUUUUUUUUUAGCAUCUAGCACAAUUUGGAGAUUUAUAGGAAAACUAUUGCAUCCGUGCCAAUUACAACUUUAGUCUCUGGUUUAUGACGCUACGAAUUUCAUUAACCCCAACCCUAAAUGCUUCCAGACUCUAACCCUAACCCUUAAUCCUGAUUUUCUCUCUAUAAUUCCUACAUGGUCAGGGCUAAAGUGACAGAAAGUGUCUUCCGGGGACAGUUAAGCAUCAGCUGACACAAAGCUGGAAGGAAACUCUCCUUCAGAUAGGAAAUUUUCAGAACCUUUCCCAGAAUUCCCAAGUCUUCAGCAGCUGCUUUUUUACAGUGGUCUUUCUGGCCACUUGCAGUUUUCUCUUUGGCAGAAGCUUCAAACCUCACAAGACAAAGAUUCUCCUGCAAAGCUUUCGGGAGGGGCAGAAGGCGAUAAAGAGGGAGUUCUCCACUCCGGGGCAGGAGGCUUGGCUCACAAACUGGCUGACUAACACAAGGAGGAGCUUGCCUAUUAGUCAUCUUCCAGGCGCAGAAGACCACGGGACAAAACAACAAACCAGAUGUAUUGGCUGGCCUUAUCUCUUACUGAAGGCUUAAUCAGAAGGUUUGUGCACGCAGUUCUCUAAAAGCCAUUUCAAAGCCUUUAAAUUGCAGUGAUCUGGUCUUUCUUCCCUCAAUUUCAUUCAAUUUGCCCCCCCAAAAUUACCAUUUGAAUAUGAGUUUUAGAAUAAAUUUCCCACAAUUCAGAAGCAUGCUCCAUUCCCAUAUUAACCAGGGAGUUCUCAGGUGCCCGGACCAAAACUCCUAGGGGAGUUCCCACCUGUCCAGGGCUAUGGGAUCUUACUGUUUCCUGAGGGGUCUUUCACAAGACUGAGGCCAGUUCCCUUUAAAGGGACUUUGGGACUUCCAGCAAUAGUGCUGGAGCUUAUCUGGGAGCCAGAGAAAGGGCAACCUCCUGGACAGCCUUCUGCAUCCCCCUCCCCAUGGCGGCCGACCUUCCAGUCUGCGCCCUGAUUUCUUGGCAAGGGGCGCAGAGCUGGCCACUUGCAGGCCCUGAACCCCAAACUGAUUUGGCAGAUUGGUAGACCCUAGAUUUGCCUCCGACUCCAGCUAGACUAGAAGACUAUAUCCCCUUAAUUUCUUAUUGGAAAAAUGAUUAAAGAUUUUGCCAGUUGGGAGAAGAGUAAGUUUCCGGGUCUUCCAGAUGUGAAACAGGAAGGAGGCUACUCGGCUCCCAAGGCCCCCAUAGGCGUUUGUGUGUCUUCCCCAUCAGAGUGUGAGCUCCUGGAGGGCACCCCGUGCCUGGCCCAUCGCUAGGCACACAGUAAACACUUACUAAGAAAUGCUUGAUAACUAAUACGUACACAAGUGAAGGAUGAACAAAGAAAGUGCUUCCAAGCUCACGGGAAAUAAGAAGCCAUCAUACAAAUAAGUAAGAAUCUUCCAACUUUUAUUUUUUGGGUACAAUCAUUGCAACAUUUCCAUUUCUUUAUAAUCUCCCUAAAUGAAAGAUAUACAAUAAAAAUAUAAUCCAACAUCCAACAAGUUUCAUAAUCAGAAAGGAAUCUGAAAGCCUUGCUGUGGUAAGAAAGGAUUGUUUUCAAAAAUAGAAAUUUCAAGCCAGCGACAAAACCUGGACAUUCGUAUUCUUUAAAAAUAGAACUCUUUCCCAUCCAUCCCUGGAAGCCUCGCGUCUCUCUGUGUAGCCGGCCCAAUGUAAAGGCUCCUUCCAAACCAGCAACAGGCGUCCGGGUGCACGGACACACAAAUUACAGGACCGGGUCUGCCUCGGCUCGUGCCUCGUAACACGUUAAUUCUAUCUGAACGCCGAUCGGAUGCCACAAACAAAUGAGGUUAGUCAGUCUUGGGGUCCCCUGAACUGGGAGGAAUUAGAAAAAUAUCAUGGGCUCUACUGGACACCACAUAAGUAGCAGCUCUGCCCCGUUAGCAACAAGAACAGAGACUAAGGAACUGAGGGGGUCUGACCGAGGGGCCGGGGUCGAGGGAGACCCAGCAGGGGCUAGAGAACGUGCUCGGGGAAGUCAUCGCCUGAUGGAAGCUGUGGCCCAACGGCAGAUGGAGCCAGCGCCAGGAGGGCAGUCACCGAGGAGACUACAAGAAGUCACAAAGAACCCCAACGACUGUCUUGGAAGUCUCCUGGAGAAAGAGCGAGAUCCCCAAAGCCUGGCGAAGUCCAAACUUUGGGGGCCCCCUCCUGGGUGACCUGGUGGACAGAGAGCCGGGCCUGGAGCCAGGAAGAUGAGGAGCCGACCACUUUACCAAGAUCACAGCUUUCCAGGUGGAAAGGGAUCUUGGGGGCCCUCCUGUGUGGGCAGGACCCGUCAGGACUCAAAUCCAGGCCCCUGCCUCCAGGUCCGUCCCCCUUUCCUGAGAGGGAAGCAACGGAUGGAGCCGAUUCCUCAUCAGGAGCCAUGUGGUUACAAGAGGUCAGCCUCAUCCCUAACUCAGGGAACUCCUCCCCCAGCCGGAGGCCGAGGCUCCUUCUGCCGAGGCAGCCAGAGCAGCCCAAGGCGAGUUACAGUCACAGAGCAUUUUUCCACAUUUCCCGGACAACUUUAACAACGUCUUUGACCAAUUUGG